UGCCGCCGCGCCGCGGGCAUGGCGGAGCCUGGCGGCGGCGCCGGACCCGGACCCGGAGCCGGGCCCGGGGCGGCGGGGGGCGGCCCGCAGCAGGGCUCCCCGGCCGCCGGGGGGGUGGCGGCCGCCGCGGGUCCGGCCCGUACCGCCGCCGACAGCCCCGCGGGGCCCGGCUCGGCGCGCACGGCCGGGAAGAAGGCGCAGCUGCGCGCCGCGCCGCGGGCCAAGAAGCUGGAGAAGCUGGGUGUCUACUCCGCCUGCAAGGCUGAGGAAUCUUGUAAAUGCAAUGGCUGGAAGAACCCCAACCCACCUCCCACUCCCCCUCGGGCAGAUCUGCAGCAGGCAGUUGUCAGCCUUACUGAACCAUGCCGCAGCUGCAGCCAUACGCUAGCUGCUCAUGUUUCUCACCUGGAGAAUGUGUCUGAAGAAGAAAUGAAUAGGCUACUGGGGAUUGUACUGGAUGUGGAGUAUCUGUUCACCUGUGUCCACAAAGAAGAAGAUGCAGACACCAAGCAAGUUUAUUUCUACCUGUUCAAACUUUUGAGGAAGUGCAUAUUACAGAUGGGAAAACCUGUAGUAGAAGGAUCUUUGGAAAGUCCCCCAUUUGAGAAACCUAGCAUUGAACAGGGUGUGAAUAAUUUUGUGCAGUACAAAUUUAGCCACUUACCUUCAAAGGAAAGGCAGACAAUAGUGGAACUGGCUAAAAUGUUUCUGAACCGCAUUAACUACUGGCACCUGGAGACACCUUCUCAGCGGAGACUAAGAUCACCCAAUGAUGAUAUUGCGGGAUAUAAAGUGAAUUACACCAGGUGGCUUUGUUAUUGCAAUGUCCCUCAGUUCUGUGACAGUCUACCUCGGUAUGAAACCACACAGGUUUUCGGUAGGACGUUGCUUCGCUCCGUUUUUACUGUAAUGAGACGGCAGCUGCUGGAGCAGGCCAGGCAAGAAAAAGACAAGCUUCCUCAAGAGAAACGAACACUAAUCCUCACCCAUUUCCCGAAGUUUCUGUCAAUGCUGGAAGAAGAAGUAUACAGCCCAAAUUCGCCUAUUUGGGAUCAGGAUUUCAUGGUGUCUACUUCCCGAACUGGCCAACUGGGAAUCCAGACAGUUAUUAAUCCUCCUCCCGUUGCAAGAUCUGUUUCAUACAGUGCAAGUCCUUCAUCUCUGGACCAACCCAACAGUGGAAACAUGAGUCCUGCUUGCAAAGUUUCUUCUGUCCUUGACCCAAACCUAGGGGAAAAAAGAAAAAAUAAUGAACCUUAUUCUCUGGAGGAUUCAAAAAGACCAAGAAUUGUAGGAGAUAUUCCUAUUGAGUUAAUCAAUGAAGUCAUGUCAACAAUUACAGAUCCAGCGGCAAUGCUUGGGCCAGAGACCAACUUCCUCUCAGCACAUUCGGCCCGGGAUGAGGCAGCGAGGCUGGAGGAGCGCAGGGGAGUGAUUGAGUUCCACGUGGUUGGGAACUCCCUGAACCAGAAGCCAAACAAGAAGAUCAUGAUGUGGCUGGUUGGUUUGCAGAAUGUAUUUUCUCAUCAGCUGCCUCGAAUGCCCAAGGAGUACAUCACGCGCUUGGUCUUUGAUCCGAAACACCAGACCCUUGCAUUAAUACAAGAUGGUCGUGUUAUUGGUGGUAUCUGCUUCCGAAUGUUCCCCUCCCAAGGAUUUACAGAGAUUGUUUUCUGUGCUGUGACUUCCAAUGAACAAGUUAAGGGUUAUGGAACUCACCUAAUGAACCAUCUGAAGGAGUACCACAUCAAACAUAACAUCCUCAACUUCCUCACAUAUGCAGAUGAAUAUGCUAUUGGCUACUUCAAAAAACAAGGUUUCUCCAAAGAUAUUAAAGUACCAAAAGCAAUCGUUGGCUACAUCAAGGAUUAUGAAGGUGCCACAUUAAUGGGAUGUGAAUUAAAUCCAAAUCCCUACACGGAAUUCUCUGUUAUUAUUAAAAAGCAAAAGAGGGUGAUCAUUAAAAAGCUCAUAGAAAGGAAACAAGCUCAGAUUCGAAAAGUUUAUCCUGGCCUUUCUUGCUUCAAAGAUGGAGUACGACAGAUUCCUAUAGAAAGCAUUCCUGGAAUUAGAGAGACUGGCUGGAAACCAAGUGGAAAAGAAGAGGGUAAUAAAGAGCCCAAGGAUCCAGAUCAACUUUACAGCACAUUAAAAACUAUCCUGCAACAGGUGAAGAGCCAUCAAAGCGCUUGGCCCUUCAUGGAACCUGUGAAGAGAACAGAAGCUCCUGGAUAUUAUGAAGUUAUAAGGUUUCCCAUGGAUCUCAAAACAAUGAGUGAGCGACUCAAGAAUAGGUACUACGUGUCUAAGAAAUUAUUCAUGGCAGACUUGCAGCGAGUCUUUACAAAUUGCAGAGAGUACAACCCCCCUGAGAGUGAAUACUACAAAUGUGCCAAUAUACUGGAGAAAUUCUUCUAUACAAAAAUUAAAGAAGCUGGAUUAAUUGACAAGUGACAGUAUUUUUUUUUUUAUUUUUUUUUUUACAACUAAUCAGUGUGCCUACAUCAUGGGCAGAGGAAACCAUUAUAUAUCAGUUUUGGGACUACUUUUUUUUCAAAAAGUUUCAAAAAACUUCUGUUUAAUAAUUAGCACUUUUAAAAACCCUUUCAGUUUUGCAAACAUGUAUUAUACUGAAGUUACAAAAAUUAUUUUAUUAAAAUGCUUUUUAAUAUAUUUAAUUUUUGAAAAUUUUUUGUGUGUCCAUUAUCAUAUGUUCAUAUGUUUACCAGCCACAGCCUCAGAAAAUCCUUAAAGUAUGGGAAAUUGCAAAUGUUUGGGAAUAUGAAGAAAAUUCCAGGGCAAUGAAUGUUAUAGCUUACCUAAUGCAGUACCUGUUUGAAAAGUUUUAUUAUUUUUUUUCCAGUAAAAAAGAAAACAGUCAGAAAGAACAGCAGUGGGGGGAGGGGGAGGGAACAUCUGAAACACUCUUUUCAUUAUAGAGUCUUUUUAUAAUAUAUUGUUUUUUAAAAUAAAAUACUCAGCUGGUUGAGCAGCUGUGAGAUAAAAGUAGCCAGUUCUGAAAAAAAGAACCUUUGAUAGAUGCAAGUUUUUCUAUUUCUUUCUUUCUUUUUCUUUUUUUGAUAAAUAUAUAACCUGCAAAUUGUAAUCUCAUAACCACUAUUUAAAAAAUAAAUAAAAAUAUCUGGCUAGAUACGUAAUGUCAUAAUGACUUGGCUUAUGCAGGACAUAAGUACGCAAAAUAACUUCAGAGACUCCAAUGUAAUUAUACUAGAUUUAAUUUUAAUUGGUUUAAGAAGAUUUAGAUUAUGAUGCACUUCAUGAUCCACCCCAUUUACUACUCUUCACUGAUAAAUUCUUUAGGUUAUUCAACAAAGAUAAGACUAUUGUACACAAAAGUCAGUGUAUGACAGCUUCUAUCCUAUAUACUUGCUUCUGUGGUAAACUGGAUUUCUACCAAGCUUUAUUGUAAAUACUUAUUAACUGUGAUUAUUUAGACCCAGGAGCAUAUUAACAUUUUACAAUUCAUGUUAGCAUCUCUUCAAAUUGGGCACGUUAUAUAUAUAUAUAUAUAUAUAUAUAUAUAAAAUAUAUAUAUUUUGCUGCUUACACUACAUUUUAAGAGGUACCCCUAACUUCCUAAUGAAGAUCGUCAAUAUAGGCCAAAAAGUUGUCACUUGACGUUUUCUAAUUAGAGUUUGUAACUAUAACCUAUAACUGUUUUGUGAAAAACAAAAUUAAUUCUCAUUCUUGGUGUUUUAUAUUUACAGAUGAUACACUGGUAAAACUCAAUAAUUAUAAGGCUGAAAAACAAAACAUCUAUGCUGCAUCAAGGAAUUUAUUCCUGCAAAAGGCCUGUGCAAUGUUAAGUCAUAAAUCAAUACAGCAAGUAGAUGUCAGAAACUACCUGAAAGUAGUAAAUGUAGUAUAUAAGGUAUUCAAAAAUGUUAACACUAGAAUUGCAACAGUGUUUCACAUGAGAUUAGUCUGACCUACAUUUGGAUCUAUAACUAAGGUACAGUGAGUUGUUUUUUUUAAUAGCCAGUACCAGAUGCUAUGAUCCUUUUUUUGUAGAUUGGGCCUACAGAUGCACCUGUUACGCUUGGUAUCCUGUGAAAUUUUGUUAUUUUCAGAGUAGAUUUUCUUAUUGUCUUUCAAUCAGAUUGUCUCUUCUAUAUUGAAACGUUUUCUAAUUUAAGAGUUAAUAUUUUCAUAGAUACUGUGCAAUAAAGUUACAGUAGGAUAUGUGGUUUUGCAAAUGCUUUUAACAGCUGAUGAAUUUUACAUUUGUAAAAUUAAUAUAUUGUAUUGGUACAGAAUAGUUUUAAAUUAUAUAUGUACAAAACCC